UCAGACCAUCAGAGAGCAAAAUUCAUCCUGCAGCUCUGAAUGUGGGACUCCUGCACUUGGACGCUCAUGCAGCAGCAGCGUAUCUGAGGAGAGAACCCCAUGAGCUGUCUCACCAUGAAGGGAAGAACGGGUCUUCUUCUCUUCGGCCUCACAGCAGCUUCAUAUUUCUGUGCCGUCGCUGCUCAGGCAACAGAGUGUGAAAAUGCCACUGUGGGCGACAUUGUCUUCCUGGUCGACGGCUCCUCGAGCAUCACAGACAAAAGCUUUCAGGAGGUCCGCACAUUCCUGAGCAACAUCAUCAUGAGUUUGGACAUCGGCCCCAACAAAGUUCGGAUCGGCUUGGCCCAAUUCAGCGAUACUUUUCACCGGGAGUUCCUGCUGAAGGACCACACGAACCAGCAGUCCUUGCUGAAUGCAGUGAGGCAAGUCCCCUACCGGAAAGGCGGCACGCUAACGGGAAACGCCCUGGACAUGCUCCGGAAGCAGUACUUCACUGAACAGGCCGGGAGCCGAGCCAAGCAGCGGGUGCCGCAGAUUGCUGUGGUCAUCACAGACGGAGACUCUGUGGAUGACAUAUCAAAACCCAGCAAGCAGCUGAGGGAGCACGGCGUCCUGUUGUUCGCCAUCGGAGUGGGACGAAUCAAGGAGGAGGAGCUUAAGAAACUCGCGAGCCAUCCGCGUUUCAGCCUCAGCAUCGACAGCUAUGACACUCUGCAGAGGCUGACCGGUAGAAUGCUGGAAACUGUGUGCGACUCCAUAGAGAAACAGCAGCAAGUUUUGGCGGACAAGUUUAAAGAUAUGUUCUUCUUGGUGGACAGCAGCAUGACUCAAGAGAAAUUCGCGCUGUUCAGGACAGACUUUAUCAAAAUGAUAGCAUCGGAGCGGAACAACAUUGGACCAUCGGCCAAUCGUGUUGGUUUGGCACAGUUCACUCAGGAUGUCAGGCUCGAAUUUCGGCUGAAUUCUUUUAAAACCAAACAGGAGAUGAUGCCACCUGCCCGACGUUUCCGACUGCGGCCACAACUAGACCAACAGGGGAACGUGAGCGCCGCCAUGGAGGAAGCCAGGGCUCGCUUCUUCAGCGCAGAGGCAGGCGGUCGGGCGGAGCUGGGCAGCCAGCAGUUUUUGGUCGUUGUGCUUGCAGAAGAUCCUCCAAAAAGUGAUCCUGUGUAUAGCAUUGCUGAGAAACUCAAACUAGACGGAGUGAUUAUUGUGGGGAUGAGCGCAGGUGCCUCAUUGGACGCACUGGACCGUUUCUCCACCAAGAGUUAUGCAUUCGAUUCUAUUAACUUUGAUGUGCUGAAACAUUUCCUCAUAGGCAAGAGAGAGGACCAAGGUCCUGGAGUGGUCUCAUUCACUCCAACCCAAGUGGAUCCCGUUGCUGAAGAUUGCAAAGGAGCCAACGUGGCAGACAUCGUGUUUAUUGUCGAUGAGUCUGGAAGCAUCACAGAGACCAACUUCCAGCUGGUGCGCAUUUUCUUACACUCGAUCAUCAGCGGCCUGGAUGUCAGUCUGGCCCGAGUCCGAGUGGGCAUCGUUACGUACAACACAAUGCAGACAGCGCACGUCUACCUCAACACUUUCGAUUCCAAGGCUGAAAUUCUGCAGUUCGUCAACAUCAUGCCUUACAAUGGAGGUGGAACAAACACUGGAGCAGCCCUGACGUUCACCCUGGAUAACCUGUUCAAACAGGGCAGCAGGAAGGGCGUCCAGAAGGUGGCGGUGGUGAUCACAGACGGUCAGUCCCAGGACGACGUCAGCAUCCCGGCAGCCAAUCUCCGUCGGGCUGGGGUCACAGUUUAUGCCGUAGGAAUCAAAGAUGCCGUCGAAGCAGAGUUGAUUGAGAUGGCGACUGAUCCCCCCAGCAGGCAUGUGUUCACUGUGGAGAACUUCCACAAACUGAAACCGUUGCAGCUGAGCCUGCAGAGGAGCCUCUGUACUAACAUCAUUCAGAACGCAGUCACAGGCAAUGAAGGCAAAACAGACGUCAAAGAAGCUUGUGAACAAAAGGACGAAGCAGACAUUUACUUCCUCUUAGAUGAGUCCUCUAGCAUUCAUCCAUUAGACUUUAAGGAAAUGCAGAAGUUCAUCAUUGAGUUUCUUCAAAUCUUUCAUAUCGGGCCACAGAAUGUUCGCAUGGGGAUUGCGAAAUACUCAACUCAUCCUUCUCUAGAAUUUGACCUGACAAGGUACUCGGAUGCUGAGAAGAUGAAGGCAGCUGUGAGGGCAAUGAAACAUGCAGGAGGUAACACGUACACAGGAGAAGCACUGUCGUUCAUGUUCAAGUAUUUUGAGGAAGCAAGCAAAUCACGUGUUUCCAAAGUCCCCAAAUACCUGAUCGUCAUCACCGAUGGAGAAUCUGCAGAUGAAGUCAGAGCUCCUGCAGAAAAACUAAGGGCACAAGACAUCACCAUCUAUGCCAUUGGGGUGAAGAAUUCAAACCAAACUCAGCUGAAUGAGAUUGCAGGUGAUCCCAAGAGGACUUUCCAUGUCAAUAAUUUUGAUGCGCUGAAGUCCAUCAACAAUGGCAUCAUCACAGACAUCUGUUCUCCAGACGUUUGUAAGGACAUACCAAGCGACGUAUUUUUCCUAACUGACAGCUCCGAGAGCAUCUCUGACGAGGACUUCCAGAAAAUGAAAGAUUUCAUCAAGUCUGUCGUCAGCAAGUCCAUGGUCGGGCCGAAUGAAGUGCACGUCGGGCUCAUGCAGUUCAGCACUGCUUUUCAUCUGGAGUUCUCCCUCACAGGUUCCUACAGCAAAGACGAGAUCGUGAAGAACAUUGAUAAGAUGGAGCAGAUGAACGAAGGCACACGCACGGGCCGGGCCAUCAAAGAGGUGUCAAGGUAUUUUGAUGCAGCCUUCGGAGGGCGUCCUACCCUAAAGCAGAGGCUGGUGGUUAUAACAGACGGUGAGGCCAAAGACGAGGUCUCGGGCCCUGCCGCCGCCCUGAGGAAAAAAGGUGUGGAGAUCUACGCCAUCGGAGUGGGGCAAACCAACAGCACCCAGCUGCGGGAGAUCAGCGGUUCAUGGAACCAGACCUUCAUUCGGAGAAACUUUGAUGCUUUGACGUUACUGGAGAGCCAGCUGGCUUUGAAGUUCUGUGAUCCACGGAGAGAGUGCAAGAGAUCAGACACAGCUGACAUUAUUUUUCUGGUCGACGGCUCCGGAAGCAUAGACAACGAUGAGUUCAGAAGCAUGCAAAUCUUCAUGAACUCUUUAGUGAAUUACACCACCGUUGGCGAGACAAAGACACGCUUCGGGGUCAUUGUGUACUCCAGCACAGCCGAAUCCAAGUUUACUCUUAAGCAAUACUACUCCAAAAGAGAAGUUAUUCAAGCAAUUGAAAAACUGUCGGCACCAGGUUUUAACACCAACACAGGCGAAGCCUUGGAGUAUUCACUACCAUACUUUAAUGCUAACAAUGGCGGACGGAGGGGAAACAAGGUGCCUCAGAUUCUCAUGGUGAUCACAGACGGGGACGCCACCGAUCGAGACAAACUGAAGCCGGCGUCCGAUGAACUGCGAGCCAACGGCAUCACCAUCUUCAGCAUCGGAGUGAAGGAGGCCAACAAGGAACAGCUGGAGAUCAUGGCUGGAGGCGACACAUCCAAAGUGUUCUUUGUGAAUGAAUUUAAUCAACUAGACACUCUGUACAAGAACAUUUCUGAGGAGCUCUGCAACACCACUAAGCCACCCUGUAACCAGACAGACUUGGUGUUCUUGAUCGACCGCUCCAGCAGCAUCAACCCAGACCAACACCAACUCGUGCUAAACUUCACGGCUGAAGUCGUGAACAACUUUCACAUCGGCCAAGAGUACGCUAGAGUCGGACUCGCACAGUUCAGUGACGAUCCUUAUGACGAGUUUUACCUCAGCACGUACUACAAGAAGGAGGAAAUGAUUGCAAGAAUCCUCAGCCUAGUGCACACCGGCGUGGACACCUACCUCGGAAAAGCCUUAGCACAUAUGAAGAAGUACUUUCAGGAAUCGCAGGGCGCCCGCAAAGAUGUCCCCAAGACUCUGGUGGUGGUCACAGACGGGGAUUCUCACGACGACGUGGAGGAUGCAGCCGAUGAACUCAGGAACAUGGGGAUCGAAAUACUCGCCAUCGCCGUUGGAGACGUCUAUGACCUGCAGCUCCUGCAGAUCACCAGAGAUCCACAGAAAGUGUUUACUGUGCAGAACUUCGACAGUUUGUUAAGCAUCAAGACCACGCUUUCUGAAGCUAUCUGCAAAGAACCAAAAACAGAGCCGGCUGUCUGCAACAUCGAUAUUGCAGUUGGAUUUGACGUAACAAAUCGGCGCCCUGGUGAGCUGCUGGUCGGUCGCAACAUCCGGCAGCUGGAAGAGAUCAUCCGUUACGUCUCCUCGGUCGAUGACCUGUGCUGUCCCGUCCCCGAACCCUUCCAGAUCAACAUUGCCUUCCAUGUAGUGAACGCAGACGGACGCAUCGUGCUCGACACUGACUUUGAACCAAUCACAGAGGAGUUGCUGAGGAAAGUGUUGACCUACACAGUGUCGCAGCCCACCUACUUUAACUCUGACAUGCUAAAGUUCUUCAAGGACCGGUUCAUAGCCAAAAGCAGCUCUAAAGUCAAGGUGCUGCUGAUCUUCUCAGAUGGACUCAACGAAGACGUGAUGACACUGGAGCAGGAAUCCGAAGAGCUGCGAAAGUCUGGGGUCAGCGCUCUGCUCACCGUGGCCCUGGAUGGUGCCGACCCCACUAAGCUGCAGAUGGUUGAGUUCGGCCGAGGAUUUGGCCACAAGCUUCCUCUCAGGAUCAACAUGCCAAGUAUCGGCCAAACCGUCCUCCAGCAGAUCAGCACGGCAGCAGAUCGGGAGUGCUGCAAAGUCAUGUGCAAAUGUUGGGGACAUGAAGGACCCCCUGGUUCUCCUGGCAAUCCGGGGAUAAAGGGUCAGCCUGGACGGAACGGUCAGCCGGGCUUCCCAGGAGAGGAGGGAGGCAUGGGAGAGCGAGGACCUCCUGGGAUAAAUGGACCUCAGGGCAUCCAGGGCUGUCCUGGAUCAAGGGGACAGAAGGGCUACCGAGGCGUCUCAGGGAACAGGGGCGACAACGGAGAAGAAGGACUGGACGGAGUCGACGGAGAGCAGGGAGUGACGGGACUGGAUGGACUUAAAGGAGACAGAGGAAACCCAGGAAACCCAGGUAUCCCAGGUAUCGAAGGAGAGGGGGGCUUCAAAGGACAGCGAGGCCUGAGAGGAGAUCCGGGCACUCCAGGUACCGACAACAACCGCCCAGGACCGAAAGGAGACCCUGGCAACCCCGGGAAACCGGGUGAACCUGGUCAGAACGGGCGGCCAGGCGAGGGCGGAGUCGUUGGAAACCCGGGAGCAGAUGGAAGACGAGGCCCCAAUGGUGUGAAUGGUGCACCUGGUGAGUCCGGAAUCCGAGGACCUCCAGGCAUCCCAGGUGCUUCAGGUCAACAGGGACGCACAGGAGAAAGCGGUGAACCUGGACCCAGAGGAUUUCCUGGUUUUCCUGGGCCUCAGGGUGAACAUGGAGAACCUGGAAACCCGGGACAACCUGGAAGUCGUGGUGGUAACGGACAGAAGGUCUGCAACGUCAUUUUCAUAUUCUGA